CUUGUCAUCCGCUCCGAGCGCUACGCAUUCGCAGUCGCCGUCAUCCUCCAGCCAUUAUUUACCCAGUCCAAACAACCUGCCAUCCACAGCCGUGCAACAAAGGAAACAAACAAAAACAAGCCCAAGGAGUUGCCAAGGCCACGUUAAGUUUAGACAAAUAUUUUUCGUCGCUAGCCGGACAGACGCCUUCAGACGGCGAGACCGAGAGGACCCGCCGCCGCUCGCUCGCCAACAGACAUGGCCAACCCAGGCUCGCUCGCUCGCCUCGUGUCCCUGCUGGUGAUCAUCAUGGCUGACGUGGGGUCUUCUGCGCUGCUCGAACUCUCCUACACAUACAACCUCGACGCCCCGACUUCUCCUAAACUCACGCCCUUCACGUAUAAAGUCCUCAAGAAAGGAUACAAUGACUUCGGUGUCUGGGUAGAGUUAAAUGAGUUUUGUACUUCGGAGCACUCCGGGACGCACCUGGACGCGCCCGUGCACUUCGCGAAGGACCGGUGGGGCGUCAGCGACAUUCCCCUCGACCGCCUGUGGAGGGUGCCCGCUGUGGUCAUCGACGUGUCCCAGGCCAUCAAGCGGUCCGGCCAGAUCGACUACCCUAUAGCGGUGGAGGACCUCGAAGCCUGGGAGAAGGUGCAUGGCGUGAUCCCCGACCACACCCUCGUCCUCGUCCGCACGGGCUGGGGUCUCAAGAGCGGCGACCUGCAGGCGUAUUCCAACGUGGACGAAACCAACACCAACCACUUCCCCGGCCUGAGCAAGGAAGCAGCGACCUGGCUAGCCACCCACGGACAGCGGCACGGACACCGCACCGGCAUCGUGGGCGUGGGAGUAGAUACGAUCUCUGUGGACGUGGGAAAUUCUACAAGAUACGGCGCCCACGAGGCCAUGUAUUCGCGGAACCUCUUUGGACUGGAGAACGUCGCCAAUAUGCAUAAGCUCCCCCCCUCGGGCUUCCGCGUCACCGUCCUGCCCAUGAGGAUCGGCGGAGGCAGCGGCGCCCCCGCUCGCAUCGUCGCCGAACUGGACCAGCGCGCCGAGCCCCUCGCCAGCGCCUCCUCCAGGAACGUGGGCGCCUCCCUGGCCACUCUCCUGCCCGUGUUCCUGCCCGUCCUCAUCGCGGCGGUGUUCGGGAAGAGGGCGGCGUAGACUGGAUGGGCGUGCGGCGUCCGGAUGGGCGUGCGGCGUCGAGACGGGCGUGCGGCGUCUGGCUGGGCGUGCGGCGUCCGGAUGGGCGUGCGGCGUCGAGACGGGCGUGCAGCGUCUGGAUGGGCGUGCGGCGUCCGGAUGGGCGUGCGGCGUCGAGACGGGCGUGCAGCGUAGACUGGAUGGGCGAGCGAAGGCCCGGGGUAAACCUGACUUGAUACAGAUAAUAUGUAUUUUUUUAAAGUGAUUAAAUUUUCUUAAUUCAUAUUUGAUGAGAUCGCAGAUGAGGGUUAUGUUCCUUUAUAUUCUUAUGUCAGCAAAAACAGAUCAAGAAAUUUGUAGCAAAAAACAUCAGGGUUGAGUUGACAUGAAUGAUUUCGGUAUAUGAGAUGAAAAUAAAGGUUUAUGUUUGUAACUUUAGAUAGAUUUUUCUAUUUGCAUGUCCUUAAGAACAGGACUCAGGAAAUGUGUUCUUGUAAUUACUAAUAAAUUGUCUCAGGAAUGAUUAAAGUAUAGAACACAUAC